AUGAUGGUAGAUAUUGAUGAGCUUAUAAAUGAGCAAGACUUUUCUUAUGAAGAAACGUUAGCAAAGAAUGAUAAACUGGUAGAUUCUUGGAUAUCUUAUUAUGAACUGAAAAUCAAUCAUCCAUUGAUAUCACGUGUUUUCGUUAUAAAACGAGCUGUUGACUCGGUCAAGACCGAUGCAACUCUAUGGAAUAUGUAUCUCGAUGUAAUUAUCAAAGAGCACAAGUUCAUCUCAAAGGAGGACCAACUUGCAAUCUUUGACCAAUGCGUUAAAGAACAACCCAAAUCAUUUCCACUUUGGAUCAAAAUUCUUGACCAUCUCUUGGACCACCAGUUCAUUGAGUAUAUAACCUAUAUACGAAGAAAGUUUAACCAAUGUUUGCAGAACUUGCCAGUGGAAGAUCAUGACAAGAUUUGGCUGAUAUAUUUAAAGUUUGCCGAUAUAGUAGGUGGAAAGACCGGUGUGAAUAUUUACAUGAGAUUUUUCAAAUUUAUUGAUCCUAGAGUACUAAAAGGGAUCGGAGUCGAUUACGAAAUCGAGGUAUCGAUGAACAUCUUGGAUUUUAUUGAAAAGCUUAUUGAAUUUGGAGAUGUUGAUGAUGUUUUAAAGUUGUAUUCGGAGGUGGUUAUGGUCAAUUCCAAUGAGUAUUCUAACUUACCGAAAUCGCAACUCGAGAUAUUGUUUAAUUAUUUGGAUUUCUUAAUAGCCAAAUCGCAAAUAUCUGAUAAAGAAUUUGAAAAAAUAGUUAACAAAGCCAUUGACAAAUUUCCUGAUCAAAUUACCACGUUACAGUUGAAGCAUAUUGGGUUUAUCAAAAAGAAAAAACAUUCAGAUAGGUUACAGAUACGAAAUCUCUAUCAAAAAUGUAUCAAGACAUGCGGAACAGUACAAGAUUUCAAGAGCGCUUAUAAUGAGUUUACACAAUUCGAAGAAGAUGAAAUUGAUAAGCUAAUCAACACCGAUCCAGGCCACAAUAAGUCUGAACUUGAACGAAUGUUGAACGAUUUUGAACAGCUUUUAUAUCAAAGAAAACAGCUAGUCAAUGACUUACAGCUACGACAAGAUAUCAACAAUGUUGAUUUCUGGUUCAUACGAUUUGACAUUUUUAAAGAUCAACUACCUCAAAAAAUUAAAUCCAUAACAGAAGCAAUAAAGUCAAUAAAUCCAUUGAAAAUUCCUCACAACUGCAAACAUAAGCUUUCUGAUAUUUGGAAAAUGUAUGCUGGAAUAUACUCAUCUUCAUCAGAUUUCAAAACUGCUGAUUUUAUAAUAAGUAAAUCUGUUCAAUCACAGUAUCCUCAUCCCGAUGAAUUAGCUGAAAUGUAUAUUUACUGGAGUGAAAUGAGAUUGGGCAGUGAUUAUUUCAAAGAAGAGCAAGCUCUUGAAGUAUUGGAGAACGUAUUGUUCAAAGAACAAGAAGAGGUGGUGGAAGCAAAAAAACAGAGCAGUUUUUCUUAUUAUGACUCAAAAAUCCCCGUGCAGAAAAGAAUCACCAAAUCAAUCAAAUUGUGGCUAUUUUUUAUUGACUUGAUUGAGUCGUUUUUGGAAGAUAAUGAGGAUGAUUCACUGUUGAUUUCCCAGGUUGUUGAGGCUUUUGAGCAAAUGAUUAAAUUGAAGAUUGCUACACCUAAUAUAAUGAUCAGGUAUGCUCUCUUUCUAGAAGCACAUAAACAGAUUGAAAAAUCAUUGAGUAUUUAUGAACGAGCAGUGCAAGUUUUCAAAGACGAGUUGAUCAAAAAGGGAGUUUGGAAAAUUUACUCUACAAAGUUGAAAUAUAUAGAUAACAAGGAGAGAGUAAAGGAUAUUCAAGAGCGAUUUCAAAAAGAAGAGCAGAGGUAA